CGUUUGAUAUCAAUGCAGAAAAAUAUAGAGAACCCUCUAUAGCUGAUUUUAGCUCUAAACUGGGUCCAGCAGCUGAACCUUCAAAAUCCCAGCGGGAGUAGAGAUCAAAGGAACAAGUGGAACAGAGGAAACGACGAUGAGUCGACGACAACAGCAACAAAAAAAAGACUUUGUCUCAAACAAAUUUAGCAAAUUCAGGCUACAAAUAAAACUCAACAAAAAAACGUACGUUAUAGUUCACACACAUGUGAAUAACUAUUUUAUGCAUUGUUAUUUUAAAAUCUAAAUCUUUGUGUGUAUUUCACGUCUCCUUCUAUCAUUUGUUUCUAUAUUAACUUUAAUCUUCUUAUUUCUUUCUUCCCAUCACAUGGUGGCAUAAGAUCUCACUACAUAUUGGUACCUCUAUGGAUCUUUGUUAGACGUGUCAAAACAUCUCAAUCGAUUCAUGUAGAUAAACCUUACUUCAUUUCAUGCACUCAUUCAACCCCUUCUUUUAUAACUAUAAAACUAAUUUCUACACACACAGAGCCUGGACGCACAGACACGUUUAGAGUAAAACCAACUAUUCAAACUGAUAUAACUACAAUCCACAUAAACAAAAAUAAUGUAAUAGAAGUCAAUAAUGAUUAUAGCUGGCUUCCAUAAGCGCUGUUAUAAUUUUUAAUCGCACACGGAGGAUUCACAUAUGUUUUGAUGGCAUUGAGGGAAUUUGCUCUCUCUUUUGCGAGUGCAGAGUGCUACAGUCUUCGAUCCUCGUCUUGUAUUCUUUCCUCUAAGUUUCGAUUUGUUCCAGUUAUUAGCGCAGUGCUCUGUGAAUGGUUGUGGCAUCUGUCCUGCCGAGAUCCAAAGUGCGACCAUCUAAUUGCUACAAUGCUACUCUAUCUACAGGUGUAUUGUGAUGGAUCCUACGUCGGAACCAGCAGACAUUGAAUCAGGAGUUGGUGAUGUUACGACACCUGUACGAGGCAGACCAACCAUGGUACGUGGUUCCAUGACGACAGGUCGUCGUGGCGCAGGAUUUACACUGGCAGGGCGUAGUGCCGGUCGUGGCACUAGUUGUGUGAUACGCGGUAGUAGGAGUGCCGGAAGGAGCAUUCGUGGUGGCCGAAGUGUUGGUAUUGACAUCGAUUUAAAUGCUCAAGGUCGGGAAGACGAUGAACCAAUUGAAGUUGAAGCUGAAAUUACUGUAAACAAUUCGCUUGAUGUAGAUGUGAAUGAGGAUGAGGAGGACGAGGCUUUUGUAGCUGCGCGAGAUCGAGGCCAAAUGUUGAAAAGAGUUGGAUCUAUGCUCAAUGCAUUUGGUACGUAUUAUGGUGAAACUUUUCUUAACAAGUCAGUGAGAAGAAAACCUAGUUCAACUGGCUAUGAUUGGGUGAUGACAACAAUUAGUAAUCCAAACGAUUGCUAUGAUAUGUUUCGGAUGAGUAGACCUCUUAUUGAAAAGUUGCAUGACUUGUUGAUUUCAUCAUAUGGACUGAAGACAACUGAAAAUAUGUGUUCUUUGGAAGCACUUUGUAUGUUUUUAUGGACUAUUGGUGCCCCUCAAUCUGUCGUUCAAGUAAAAAAUAGAUUUCAGAGGUCAAAAGAAACUAUUAGUAGAAAGUUCUCAGAAGUGUUGAAUUGCAUAUUUCUCCUAUCAAAAGAUAUUGUGAAGCCAAGAGAUCCUCAAUUUACUACUGUCCAUGAAAGAUUACUAGGCGACCGAUUUCACCCUCAUUUCAAUGAUUGUAUUGGUGCAAUUGAUGGAACUCAUAUAAGGGUAGUUGUGCCAUCCUCUAAAUUGGUUCAACAUGUUGGUCGACAUGGAUAUCCCACCCAAAAUGUACUGGCCAUAUGUGAUUUCGACAUGAGGUUCACUUUUAUUGUAGCGGGAUGGCCGGGUUCUGCACAUGAUAUGAGGGUGUUCAAUAAUGCUCUAACAAAAUAUGCCACUAUUUUUCCACAUCCUCCACCAGGUAAAUAUUAUCUUGUUGACUCAGGAUACCCUAAUCGAUCUGGAUAUCUAGCACCAUACAAAGGAACAAAAUAUCAUUUACCUGAGUAUCGAGCGGGUCCCCGACCUAGCGGAAAAAAGGAGACAUUUAACUAUUUGCAUUCAUCUCUGCGUAAUGUGAUUGAACGCUCAUUUGGUGUUUUGAAGAUGAAGUGGAGAAUUCUGUUACACCUACCCAGUUAUCCUAUGGCCAAACAAUCCAAAAUAAUACAUGCAUGUAUGGCUCUUCAUAAUUUUAUUCGUGACAGUUCUUUGGCAGAUAAAGAAUUUGACCGUUGUGAUGAAGAUGAAGAUUAUAUGCCAAUGCCAUCAUCUCAGCCUAGUACUAGUCAAUUUGGGGAUGAAGAAGGCGACAUGAAUGCCUUCCGUGAUAAUAUUGCUAAUGCAAUAUUUGCCAAUGUCAAUUGAAUUAUUUUUUUUUUCAAAUUAUUUAUGUAAUAAAUUAUGAAUACUCAGAAACGUUUGUUACAUUGUUCAUCUAAUAUAUGAGUUUCAACCUAGUACAAAUAUAGAGGGCAUUCUUGUCUUCCUCAUACAAAAGAAUCCUAUUAACAACUCAAAUAAUCUGGGUAAACAAACAGGACUACUUAGAUUAUAUAAUCCA